AAGCCUUUCGAAUCAUUCGUGUUUAUAACACUUAAUAAAAAAUUAAUUUAGUUGACCAUUGAUUUAUACAAAUUGGUAUCUUGGUUUUUUUUACAAAUCUUAUUGGUAUGAAUAGUAUGCUACACAAAGCUGUAUAAAUAAUAUACCUAUGUUGGUUAAACAAUUAGUUUUAUUGAUAAAUAUUUAGUGAAUCAUUUUUAAUGGGAACUUACCUACGAUAAGAUGUGUAAACAUCAAACAUCUUAAUAGAUAUGAAAGUAGUUUUAAAAAAUAUGUCAUAAUAUAAUGUCAAGAGGCACUUAAAAUGUUUUAUCUUACAUUGUGUAGUGGUAUUAUAAAUAUAUAAUAAAUGGUAGUAGCAAAAAGUAAUGACAUAGAAGUUAGCUAUUCUAAGGGUUAAGCUAUUUGUUUUUGGUCAUUUGAGAACAUUUUGCACUUUUUUUUUUUUACAAAAAUGUUGAACAACAAUCUGUUUAAAAGAAAAAGCGUAUUGGUUUACUGUUUGUUAUGUGUACUAUGUGUUCUAUUAAUAUUUGCCAUAGUAAAAGUAAUUAUUGUUGGUCCAAGUGAUUUUAUUGAUGAAUGUCUAGAAUUCGUUGGUGGUAGCACAAAACAAACCUGGGUGUUCCUAGUUGCUGGUUCAAAAGGAUGGGAUAAUUAUAGACAUCAGGCUGAUGUUUCACAUGCAUACCAAACAUUGUUGAAUAAUGGUAUACCAGUUGAUCGUAUAAUUGUAAUGAUGACAGACGACGUAGCCUUCGAUUCAAAAAAUCCUUAUCGUGGUGAAUUAUUUAAUCAUCCUAAUGGUUCGGAUGUUUAUCAAGGUGUACAAGUUGACUAUAAAGGUGAAGAGGUAAGCAAAGAACAUUUUCUGAAUGUUUUAAAUGGUAAUAAGGCAGCUAUGAUAAACCUUGGAUCAGGUCGUGUUAUUGAAAGUAAACAUAGAGAUAAUAUUUUUGUGUAUUUUGUUGGUCAUGGAACAACUGGCAUAUUAGCAUUUCCAGAAAAUUACUUAUAUGCUGAUGAACUAAAUAAUACAUUACAAUCAAUGUAUAGUAACCGUAAAUUUUAUAGUAUGCUCUUAUAUAUAGAAUCAUGUAGAGCAGGUUCCUUAUUUGAUGGAAUAUUAAGUGAAUCUAACAGUAUAUUUGCUGUAACUGCAGCUGGACCUAGAGAAAGUUCAUGGUCCAUAUAUUGCAUUGGAGAAGAUGAAAUACCUGAUGUUUGCUUGGGUGAUGAAUUCAGCUGUACGUGGAUUGAAGAUCAAGCAAACCUGGGUAAAUUAUAUCCAUUACAAGUGAAUGAAUUGGUUGAAAAAAGAACUGUUCUCAAUCAUUUUAAUUACAUUAGAACUUCAGUUAAACUAAGUAAUGUGAUGCCCUACGGAGACUUCAGUGUUGGUCAAAACAAAUUAUCAACAUAUAUUGGCAAAUCACCUGAAGUAUUUUCCAAAAAUCUGUAUCAUAAUAAUGGUGGUUUAUCAUUUAUUAAACAUAAUGAUACAAUUAUGUCAAGUUCUAAAUUUUCAAAAAAUACAUAUAAGCAAUAUCAUAUAAAGCAACAAUAUAAUGGAAAAAAUAAUACUAAGAAACAAAGCACUAUUUACAAUAGUAUUAUGAGAAAAAUUAUGGACAGAGUAUUCAGUACAAUUCUGCAAAAUGUUAUAAAACAAUUACCGGGAUUUGUUGAACAUGUUUAUGAUCUUAAAGAUCUCCCUAGUAAUUUGCAAUUAAAUGUAUUUCCAUGUUACAGACAAACUUUAGAUUACAUCACAACAAACUGUUUUUCCCUACCCAAGAAUACAUACUCACUUAAUGAAGUGCAUGUAUUUUUCAAUCUAUGUACAAGAGUUAUAGACAGUGAAUGGAAAUCUGAAGAGUUUUAUGUUUUGUUUGAACAAGUUGUGCAUAAUGUCUGUUCAAAAAAUUCAUCAACAUUUUCAAAUUUACUUAAAAUGAUAAAAUGAUUAAUAUUUAUUAAUUGUUUUAGUCAAUACUCUAUAUGAAACCACAAUACAUUGAGAUAGUAUAAAUAUUAGAUUUUUAAUUUAAAUGUACAUAUAAUUCUAAUGAUAUAUACUGUUUAACAUUAUAUUGUAUUUCAUGAAAGUAUUACUAUGUAACAUAAUAUAAUAUAUGUAGAUAUUAUUAAUAGGUUUUGAGUUAUAUAUCUAGUAAUAAAUGAACCGUAGAACAGCUUAGACCUAGAUUAGAAUAAUACACAAUGACUUUGACUUAUUUGUUAUUAUUGUUUUAAUACAAUUUACUAUUUAGAGGUAAAUUUAAACUAAUUAAGUUAAAUUUGAAUUGUUAUAUCAUAUAAUUUUAAUUAAC